GUCAGUUUGACAGUAUUGUUAUUACUGAUAUAUUUGUGUUUGUCAAUUCAGAACUUUAUCAAUACUGUUUCUAGGUCCCUUUUGCUGUUACUUUGUGUUCCUGGUUUGAGAUGAACAGAACCAGGGGUUUAUUCAUUAGUUGCAUACCGUAGUAAAACGUUUUGCAAUAAAUUAGGUUCUAUUUGACAGGUAGGUCCUGUGAAUACACCUCAGAGGAAGCAAUGAUUGUCUUUCGCCAUGUAAAAGGGAUAGGGAAACAGUAAUUUCCUGAAGGCAAUCAUUUCGUUUGUCCAGCAGGUGGCAUGUAUCUAUUUUUUUCAUACAGUUGCUCAUGUGGUUGUCCUACCUGUUCAACCUGCCAUAGACUUACACCAAGCCACUCCCCCAACCCCCAUCAUUCCUCAGCAGAACUACCUGAUGACACAGCGGAGCAAGUUCCUUGUAAACAAUCUAGGUUUCUAUUAAACGUAGAGGGGGACAGGUGACUUGCAAAGUGUUUGUGCGGCUCUUUUAAAUCUGAAGAUUAGGGUGAGUGGCUUCUGGGGAAGUGUCAUCUUUCCUUUCUCCCCUCACACUCUUGAGAGCUGGACCACUGAAGGUGUACCUCAUGGGUUCAGAUGAGGCCUACAACUUUGUCUUUAAGGUGGUUCUCAUAGGUGAGUCUGGCGUUGGCAAGAGCAACCUGCUCUCCCGCUUCACCAAGAACGAGUUCAACCACGACAGCCGCACCACCAUCGGGGUGGAGUUCAGCACACGCACAAUUCAACUGAAAAGUCUCAUAAUCAAGGCUCAAAUCUGGGACACGGCUGGGCUGGAGCGGUACAGGGCCAUCACCUCUGCUUAUUAUAGAGGAGCUGUCGGAGCGCUAUUGGUCUAUGACAUCACCAAGCAUCUGACCUAUGAGAGUGUGGAGCGCUGGCUUAAGGAGCUAUAUGACCAUGCAGACCCUCACAUCGUAGUCAUGCUGGUGGGCAACAAAACUGAUCUGGGGUCAGAGCGAUCAGUGCCCACUGAGGAUGCCAAGGACUUUGCAGAAAAGAAUGGCCUAUUGUUCUUAGAGACAUCAGCCUUGGAGUCCACAAACGUUGAGACUGCAUUCCAAAAUGUCCUUGGAGAGAUUCACAGGAAGGUGAGCAGUAAAGAAGUGACCCGGGGGUCCAUUAGUGCCGUGUCUCUGGCCAGCCCCGUCCCCAGAGCUGCAGGCGACCCUGAAGAGAAGAAGCCCUGCUGUAGGAACCUCUGAUGGGACAAACCACCCCCCCAUGUGGAAUAGAGCACUCCAUCUUCCUCUAGUUAGUGUGCCCAAAGGGUGCAAGCCUGAUUGAAAAGAAUGAUGCUGAGUAAGACCACUCUGAUGUGACAUAGUUACAUGUUGGCAGACAGAAUGAGUUUUCCAUUCCUAAAGAUGAUGUAAUGUCUAUGUACAUGGCUGGGGGUACAUUUUACCCCCAAAGAAUCCAGCAAUCAUUUGAAUAUAAAAAUAUAUCAAACAGCAUUUUUGUGUAAACUUCCACGUUGCUUAGGAUGAUUUUAUUUUAAAGGUAGUCAAGUGAUGUACAGAAUAUUUGCAUUUUUAGUGACUGAGGUUGGACAACAAGUGCCAAAACUAUGUUUUUACACAAAGCUUGAUUAAUUAAAUUUGCUGUCACUGUU